UUGGUCCUGUCCUCCCUCUCUUUGCUCCUCCCCUUUUCUCCUCGUGUAUGUAUAUACGCAGGUAGGUUAGGGUAGGUCAGGUUAGGUAGGUAUGCCAUGUCUGCAUGUGUGUAUGUGUGUAUGGGGGGGUAAGCCUGCUAGCAGAUCAGCCCGAGCACAUCAACCUAUACAUCCCUCCAAUCCAUACAUUCAUGUGUGGGUAUAUGAAUAUAUAUCUAGGUAUUUAUAUUUAUAUAUGUGUGUGGGCAUGUAUGCAUGUGUGUACAUACCGGCGGAUAGAGGAGGGGGAGUGGCCGUGUACGCGUGCAUAUGUCCGAUCUAGGUAUACAAGAUCUCAUUCUCAAGAAGAGACACCAGGUCGGUUCUGUUACCUAUGUGUCUCUAGCCGCGUACGUGUGUCUGUAUAUCCAAUACCUAUCUACCUACCUCUCAUCGAGAUCGAACUGCAGUUGAAAGAUAAGAGAGAGAAAAACAACGCGCGCGAUUUAUUCCAACCUAUCUAUCCGUCUCUUGGCUCCCUUCCUCCUCCCGCUCCUCCUCCUCCUCCUCUUUUUCCGUUCGUACCAGCAGCACAGGCGAAUACCCCACACGCAUACACACGAAUGGACUCGGAUGUGCACAUACCUGCCUGCCUACCUAGGGAAGUACGUAGGUAGGUAAGUGGUUAGGAGGUAGGUGGACAUGUAAGGCUAUAUGCCAUGUACGCGCACACAGACGUGGCACGAUCAGCAUGGGGGAAGGGAAGGGGGAAAGGAGGGGGAAGGGAACACAGAAGACACAGAGAGGCAGGGGAGUG